UUGACAAAUUUGUUCCAAUUUGUGAGAAGGCUUCAAAGUAUGAGGAGAAUAUUGCUGUUGUAGUAGAAAUGUUUGACCUCAUGAACUUGCGGGUUAAGGAGACAAGUGCCAUGGUAAUGAGGCGGAUGCUUGAAGGGGAUAUAGAUAUGACUCCCAAUUCUGUGGUUAAGCAGAAGAAUAACGAGUUUGGUCCUCCAUGUGUGGGUCAAAAUGGGAAGAAGAAGAAGGGGAAGUUGCUGUGGAUGCACCAUUGCAUAAUGUGAAAGAUCCACCUUGCAAGAAGGUUGCACAUCGAACUCGAGGUAUGCGGUAUGUAUCUGUUGCAGAAGAAGCGAAGAGAAAGAUAGCUUCGAAAUCUAAGGCAAGCAAAUCGAGGGCGGCCAAGAGACCUAGGAGGAAGAAGGUUGAUUUGAAUGUCGCAGUUGCUACACCGAGGUGUAAGGAGCUGAACUUGAAUGGUGUAGGCGAAGGAGAAUGUUCAGGAAUGACGGCUACACCAAGUGCGGGGCCACAGGUAUAUAAUGUAACUUUUUUAUUUUUAACUUAUAGAGAAGAAUAUAGAGAAGAAUGUAACUUUAAACUUUAG